AUGCCGCUCUUACUCGCACCAUACAAUGAUGCCAUGCGUCUGGGCAUGGGGUUCAAUUCGUACACCCAGACAAUGUGCAUCGACAGCGCCGUCGAAGCUACAGAUGAGGCCAUGAUAACUUCGGAGAAACUCUCACCGAAAAUCACGACCUCGUCUAUGCUCUUCGACCGUCUGUCAGAGGUCGCCGACACGAUGGAUAUUUCGCGCGCUGCCACUAUCACGACUGGCAGGAUGGAUGUUCAUGGGCACAUGAGUGCAUUUAACAGCGCUGAGAUUGACGAUGCCGACAUUAGUCUGAUGGCAUCAGUUCGUGUAAUGAGCGAAAUCACAAGUCUGAAAGGCUCCGCCAGAUUCCUUCCCAUCGAUGGCAUGGAGGCUGGGUCGCUUAGAUUCAAUGAGACAUUUGGAGAUUCCUAUAUCUCUGGCUUUAUAACGGGCGGGCUGUUCAUCAGCAUCAUCUCCUUCAUUGCCUCUGACCCGGAUCGCAAGGACAAGCUAAUUGAAGCCGUCAAGAAGGGUUUAACUCAGCCCACCAUGGACUUGGAGAAUGUUUGCAAAGAAUUUGCGAUCGCAUCUGUCAUCCAGGGCGUGGAGGUCCCGGACAUGAAUCGCGCCGCAGACGUAGCGUCUAUACUGAGGAUUGCGAGCCAGUUUCCUGCCCUUGUUGCCCAGGAUCCUCAGAGAACUUGCUUCAACGAAUGGUCAAGCUAUGAGAUACUGAAACCGCUCGAUUAUGAUGGUGUUGCGUCAUACACCUCUAAGCUCUUUGACAAUUACAUGCAGUACAAUCGCUUGCCAAAAAAGGUUCAGGAUAUCAUCUCUCAACGAGAUAAGUAUUCUCAGGUCGACAAGCCCAGGGCUAUUCCGCCUGAACUGAACGCUCUCCUGGCUGUACGCAGUGCGAUUGAUAAAGAGAUAAACAGCAUUGUUGCAGUGGUGAAUACUUUGACUCGACACCCAGAGCUUCUGCCCAAGAUCGAGAUUCUGAACGCGAAUCUCAAGGACGACCUCGUGCAAGAGACCCUCAACGAAGCCCUUCAGGAAUCUUCUCGACCUAUCUCACAACAAGAGACCAUGGUGCAAGAAGAUCCUUUCCUGCCUUCUGUUGCGGACUACGCGCCGAGCGAGUCGAGCAGCGGCGUCGAGGAGCUUCAUACACCUUGUACCUCUGAUCUUGACUCUUGCAGCAUCAGUGGAAGAUCCCCUGUACUGUCAGAUGGAACAGAGCCCUCCACUGAUCUGGCAAUGCGAAAGCUGGUCCCGCCUGAAGUUUGGGCGGACUUGCUACCAGUGAAGAAUGAUCAAUCGACCAGUCUCGUCAGCCAGCCAGCCAAGACCGCUCCAGCACCCGCCGUCAAGUACAAAAAACUCCAGAUUCUUGCUGCUGUAUGUGGAACCUACGACGUGACUGCUAAGCUCCAGAAAUGGGUGAGUCCCGGAGAAAACGGAGAUCGGCUGCUCAUCCUCGCGAAAGACAUCAAAACGCUUGAGACACCCGAUUCCUUUGGGGGCUUGGCACCAAGGGCCACGACCAACCUGUCACUCAUCUAUGAGUACACUGAUAUGCCCAUGCGUAUUUGUUCAUUUGAUCAUGACGCGCAGUCAACUGAAACACUGGAGAUUACCCACGAGUCCGACAGCGCCUCAUUUGUUCAUGAGUCGAAGAAUGCCACAUCUGUUCAGGCUACGCGCGGUGUCUGUUAUUUACUCGGCGUAACAUAUGGCGGCAAGGUCUAUAGCUCCUAUGAAGAUCUCCGACCGUUCGUGGAGUGUAUUUCACCCGGUGGUUGGCCUUUUAUCCACUUUAACCGCAAAACUAUCAAAGACGAGCACUUCGGUGGAGGUGGCAUGAGAGGCGUUGUCUUCUAUACGUACUCGAGACUAAAUGGAGUUCAGAGCGCUAUUUCCGUGGGGAACGCAGGGUGCAUGUUGGUGGAUAAACGACAGCUGGCUAACAGAGCCGACACACGCAAAGAAGAUGCAGAUAGCUUGUCGAAAAAGAACGGCAAGGAAGGCAAGCCAUACCAGGUCACUCUAAACAAUGGUAUUGAGGCACAGGGUGAGUCAAAUGCUGUCCUAACCUCAUAA